UUUCCCAUGAGAGAUCUUGAACCCCUCCAGAUCCGCUAUUCUAGUGGUUGACUAGUGUACUCCAAAGUAGAUGGCUGUAGUACAUACGACUCUGUAGACCCAUCUUGAAUUCGGAAUCCCGGAAGCUGGACAUAUAUAUAUAGAUCAAUGAUAGCCCUAAGCCAUGACUUAUCAUUGGCUUACUCUGUACGAAGCUUCAAUUAGAAAUAUAGAAUAUCCCAGGUUAAAUGGCGUAUUUCCGCCUGAAAAGCCCCCCCCCUAAAAAAAAACCAUACACUGCACAAGGAUGUCAGAUUCUACCCCAAUCCCGAACUGUCAAGCCUAUGAUCCCAGUAUCGCCAAUGAAUACGGAUACCGGCCUUCCCUGGCAGCCGGGAUCGUGUUCUGUGCUCUAUUCGGCGUGUCCAUGAUUCUUCACACCGUACAGGCAACAUUUCAAAGAACAUGGUGGUGUUAUGUAUUCUCAGUUGGCUGUCUGGUUGAAAUCCUAGGCUGGGCCGGACGCACCUGGUCAGCCGCUUGUCCAUACGACCUCAACGCCUUCUUGAUGCAGAUCGCAACCUUGAUCAUCGCCCCGACCUUCUUCACAGCCGGCACAUAUGUAAUCCUGGGCCAAUUCAUCCAGUUCAUAGGCCCCGAGUCUUCCUUCCUCACGCCCAACCUGUACCUCUGGGUCUUCUGCACCUGCGAUAUAAUCUCGCUCGUCGUCCAAGCCAUCGGCGGCGGAAUGGCCGCAACCGCCCUCUCCGCAAACAGCGACACCACCCCAGGAACAGACAUCAUGGUCGCCGGCGUGGUGUUCCAAAUGGCCGCCAUCACCGUGUUUCUUGCCUGCGCGGUCGACUUCAUGCACCGCGUUAUGCGGAGGCGGCUCGCGUAUCUAAUCACAAGGGAGAUGCGGGUUCUGCUGGCGGCGACGGCGUUCUCCAUCACCUGUGUCUAUGUAAGGAGUAUCUAUCGGACUAUCGAGCUGGUUCAGGGCUGGACGGGCUAUUUGAUUACGCACGAGCGGUAUUUUAUUGCGUUGGAUGGCGCCAUGAUGGCUGCCGCGGUGGGAGUGUUUAAUUUGAUUCAUCCGGGGCGGUUGUCGUCGCCUGCUGGAGGGAGAAGAACGUAUACAGUGCGUUGGGGGCAGGUACUAAGUUCUAGGUAGUACCUACCUAUAGAUUAGUUUGUGUGUUAUUUGAGGGUUAAUCGGCGUUCUAUGGAUUUUGUUAUAGUGUAUAAUAUAAUACUAUUCCAAUUUGAAUAUAGAUAAUCAGCC